UUUUUCUCAGUGCCAACGUUUAUCGGAGACCGCAGUUCACCACCAACCCUCGUUCAUCCCCGAAAGCAAGCAAGGCAUUCAAACCGCCCGACAUCCGCUCCGAGCAAAAUGGGUAUCUGGGACAGCAUCCAAGACCUCGUUGAGGCGGUGACGCCAUGGACCACCGUCGAAGCUGAGGCUCCAGCUGAGGACAAUGUACGAUCUCCCCCACACCAAAAACGCACACGAGAAAGCUCGAGUCCGAAAUUCGAAAUUCCCCCAGAUCCAAGCUUGCGGCUUGCGAUCUAGAAUCUGGUGGAAUUUUGGAUUUCUACACAUACUUGAU